AUGGCGCCCCUGGCGAAGCAGGCGCGCAUCCCGGCGCUGCUCGCGGUGGGCCUCCUGCCGCUCCACGCCAGCGCCAGGCUCGCCGGGUCUGGCGCGCAGGCGCAGGCGCAGGCGCACCAGCCUCGCCACGGCGACCUGCUCUCCGAGCUGGAGGCGCACCUCGGCAGCGACCACCGUGCCGACACGGAGGCGAGGGUCGCGCGCCUGGAGGAGGCGUUGCGGCCCCUGUUCGAGUCGCUGCCGAAGAGCGAGGCGGGCCUCGUCGGCGUCGGGGCCGCGCGCUACGCGCUGCACCGCACCUUCGUGCAGCUGCACGCCUGGCAGGUGAAGGGCCUCGAGCCCACAGGCACGUCCUGGGACCUCGUGUCCCCUGCGGAGGCGCUGGGCGCUGCGCCAGAGCAGGUGCGCGGAAUCUUCGAGGCCCGCUUCGGCAGCGGCGGCCUCGGCCUCCACGAUCUGUCCGUGCUGGCCGCCAGCGUGGAGGGGCUGGUGCACGCCGAGACCGAAGCGAGGCUCCGGGCUGCCACCGCCGCGACGGUCGGGCUCGAUGCCGCCGAGGGCAUGCUGUCCGAGAAGGAGGCCGACGCUGUCAUGGGCGCCUACAUGGCCACGUACAUACUUGGAACCACUGUGUCUGAGGCAACUCCGGAUGUGGUGAAGAAUUUGGUGGACAUUGAGAUCCACAGCCAGUACCCCAAUUGGGGCAAGACGAAGCGGUGGAUGCGCGAGGUGCGCCAGGACGUGAUGCCAGGCGCUCGGAGGUUCUCGUUCUCCAACAUGACGACGAUCCUCGAGGAGGUCGCCGACCGCUACGGCCUCUGGCAGGCCACAGACUGCAAGGGGUUGAAGACGGAGCUCAUGGCCAUGGAAGACGUGAACGGCUCUGGAAGGGUGCGGCUCGCGGACUUCUACAAGGCGGCGCUGGAGGGGCAGAACUGGCAGUUCUCGGAGAGCGUGGAGUAUCUCAGGCAGCUGGGCGCCCUCGACGAGUCUCGUCCAGACUUGCCGCGCCUUAUCAUCGCCAACUACGUUAACAGCCCCACCAAUUGCGUCGCCUCGCUGGAGUACUACGGGGUACAUGGCCCAGCGGUUGGCUGUUGGCACGGCGCAAGUUGGAGAGGGCCGUUGGCGGUUUUGAUUGUUGGACCCCCCCGCGCUCCCUUGCGUCCGACGUGGUGGAUAUCUCCUCCUGCAGUUGUUCAACCACCUGCUUGCCUUUAG